UUACAUAUUCAAAUCUUAAUGGUCGGGCCCGCUUGUUAUCAUCACCACAAUAAUAUCACAAUUCAGUGUCUCGCGAAACAUGGCAGCCGGAGAAGUACAAGGAAGACCAAAAAUUAUAUUUCUAUUCAGCGGUAAACGGAAAUCUGGAAAAGAUUACAUAACGGACACGAUUUACAAUAGAAUAGGUUUGGAGAAAUGUGUUAUAAUACGUCUCUCGGGUCCUAUAAAAAAACAUUGGGCCCAAGCUAAAUCCCUACAGUUUGAUGAACUACUCAGUGAUGGUCAAAUGAAGGAACAAUAUAGAAAAGCCAUGAUUGAUUGGAGUGAUGAAAUCCGUUCCAAAGAUCCAAGUUACUUCUGCCGCUUGGCAGUUGAAAUGUAUGAUCCAAACCACACCAAAGAUAUUUGGGUUAUAAGUGAUGCCAGAAGAAAGACAGACAUUGCUUGGUUUAAAUCAAACUUUAGUAAUGUAAAAACGAUCAGAAUCGAGGCAAAAGAAUGUACAAGAAAGAAAAGAGGGUGGAAUUAUUCACUAGGCGUAGAUGACAUUUCGUCAGAAUGUGAUUUAGAUCAAGUAACUGACUGGAAUUGGAUAAUACAAAAUGAUAAAGAUGAUGACUGUCGCUGUUGUGUUGAUGAAAUUGUAAAUUAUGCCCAAAGAAUUUAAAAUUCAUCUAGAUAAUCCUUUACAAAAAUGUUAAUUCCAUUUGCUAAACUCGUCUAUUUUUGAUAAUCACAAGUUAAAUUUAUAUAUAU